AACGGACGUAGUGCAGACCGGCCAAGAAGAGACAGUAGAUCCUCUGAAACAGGCAUCCCUGCCGUCGUCUGGAUAUGGAACCAACACUCCCAGUUCCACCGUAUCGUCGUCCUGUUCCUCUCAAGAGCGCCUUCACCAGCUGCCUUAUCAGCCCACCGUUGACGAGCUGCACUUCCUUUCCAAGCAUUUCGGCAGCACAGAGAGCAUCACCGAUGACGAUGGGGGCCGGCGGUCCCCCGCGGUGCGGCCCCGGUCCCGGAGCCUCAGCCCGGGCCGGUCUCCCUCUUCCCACGACAAUGAGAUAGUGAUGAUGAAUCAUGUCUACAAGGAGCGGUUCCCCAAGGCCACGGCUCAGAUGGAAGAGAAGCUGAAGGAUUUCACCAAGAACUACGAACCGGACAGCGUGUUGCCUUUGGCCGACGGGGCCCUCAGCUUCAUCCACCACCAGGUCAUCGAGCUAGCCCGGGAUUGUUUGGCCAAGUCCCAGGAAGGCCUCAUCACCACCGUCUAUUUCUACGAGCUGCAGGAGAACAUGGAGAAGCUGCUGAAAGACGCCUACGAGCGAUCCGAGAGCGAGGAGGUGACCUUCGUCACUCAGCUGGUAAAGAAGCUGCUGAUCAUCAUCUCCCGUCCGGCCCGGCUGCUCGAGUGCCUGGAGUUCAACCCCGAGGAGUUUUACCAUUUGCUGGAGGCGGCAGAGGAUCAUGCCAAAGAGGGUCACCUGGUGAAGACGGACAUCCCUCGCUACAUCAUCAGUCAGCUGGGACUCACCCGGGACCCCUUCCCAGAUGUCCUGUGUGUGGAGGAGCACGAUAGCGGAGGAUCGAACACACCCGAGACAGAGGAGUUCGCGGAGAGCCGUGGGACAACCCAGAAGCCAAAGAAGCCUCCGGGAGAAGGGGACUUUGAAACGAUUAAACUGAUCAGCAACGGGGCCUACGGAGCCGUGUACCUGGUGCGGCACAAAGAGACCCGCCAGCGCUUUGCCAUGAAGAAGAUCAACAAGCAGAACCUCAUUCUGCGCAACCAGAUCCAACAGGCCUUUGUGGAGCGGGACAUCCUGACGUUCGCCGAGAACCCCUUCGUGGUCAGCAUGUUCUGCUCUUUCGAGACGAAGCGCUACCUCUGCAUGGUCAUGGAGUAUGUCGAAGGUGGGGACUGCGCCACGCUGCUGAAGAAUAUCGGGGCACUGCCCGUCGAGAUGGCCCGCAUGUACUUCGCCGAGACCGUCCUCGCCCUGGAGUACCUACACAACUAUGGCAUUGUCCAUCGGGACCUGAAGCCUGAUAACCUCCUCAUCACCUCCAUGGGGCACAUCAAGCUGACGGACUUUGGCCUCUCCAAGAUGGGGCUCAUGAGCCUCACCACCAACCUCUACGAAGGCCACAUUGAGAAGGACGCCCGGGAGUUCCUCGAUAAACAGGUGUGUGGCACCCCUGAAUACAUUGCUCCUGAGGUGAUCCUUCGCCAAGGCUACGGGAAGCCGGUGGACUGGUGGGCGAUGGGCAUCAUCCUGUAUGAAUUCCUGGUGGGGUGCGUGCCCUUCUUCGGAGACACGCCGGAGGAGCUCUUUGGCCAGGUCAUCACCGAUGACAUCUUGUGGCCAGAAGGGGAAGAGGCACUUCCUGCAGAUGCUCAGGACCUUAUUUCCUGCCUCCUGCAGACCAAUCCUCUUCUGCGUCUGGGUGCAGGCGGCGCUUACGAAGUGAAGCAGCACUCCUUCUUCAAAGACCUGGACUGGAACGGACUCCUGAGGCAGAAAGCGGAGUUCAUCCCCCACCUGGAGUCGGAGGAAGACACCAGCUAUUUUGACACCCGUUCCGACCGCUACCACCACAUCAACUCCUAUGACGAAGACGACACGACAGAAGAUGAGCCGGUGGAGAUCCGGCAGUUCUCGUCCUGCUCCCCCCGAAAAGGUGGAGUGUACAGCAGCAUGGAGCACCUGUCCCAGCACGAGCAGAAGGCUCCCAGCGUCACGAAGCGGGACCAGAGCAACAAACACAAGGACGAGAAGAUGGGGAAGCGGGAGAGCUUGGGCAGCUUCACGCUUCGAGACAAGAGCUGGCGCACGAACUCUCCGGAGAUGAAGCGCCUCUCCGCCUCCGAGUCGUCUUACACAGAAAGCGACUCCAGCCCCCCCUUGGGCGCACGCCGCCGUUUUUCGGCCCUGAUGGACACCAACCGUUUUGCUGUGCCGCUGGAAACCGACAGUGAGACGCUGGCCAAGGGGCCCGUGAAGGCUCUCGCGGAAAACGGGGCCGCAGGGGCCGCUCCGCAGGCCGAGAGCAAGGAGAGCAAGGAAGGGGCGCCUGCCGACGCGGGGCACUGCCCUGCCCCUGGAGAGGUCGAGGCAGGCGAUAAAUCAAAAGCGGGUGAGCUGCAGCCCCCAAAGGAGCUGGACCCAUCAGCCCCCAAAGCUACCAAUGACUUGGUGCUGCGUCGGGCCCGGCACCAGCAGCUCUCAGGGGACUCUACGGCUGAGAAGCGCAGUCCCCGCACUGGGGGCAAGGUCAUCAAAUCCGCCUCAGCUACUGCGCUGUCCGUCAUUAUCCCCACAGUGGAACAGCACAGCAGCUCCCCCUUGGCCAGCCCCAUGUCCCCCAGGUCGCUCUCCUCUAACCCGUCCUCCCGAGAUUCUUCGCCGUCACGGGACUAUUCGCCAGCGGUCACCAGCCUGCGCUCGCCCAUUACUAUCCAGCGCUCCGGGAAGAAGUACGGUUUCACACUGCGCGCCAUCCGAGUGUACAUGGGGGACAGUGACGUCUACAGCGUACAUCACAUUGUUUGGCACGUGGAGGAAGGCGGUCCGGCUCACGAGGCGGGUCUGUGCGCAGGAGACCUCAUCACCCACGUCAACGGCGAGCCGGUGCAUGGGCUGGUGCACACCGAAGUGGUCGAGCUCAUCCUGAAGAGCGGGAAUAAGGUGAUGGUGACCACCACCCCCUUUGAGAACACCUCCAUCCGGAUUGGGCCGGCCCGCAAGAGCAGCUACAAGUCCAAGAUGGCCAGGAGGAACAAGAGGAGCACCACCAAAGAAGGCCAGGAGAGCAAGAAGCGCAGCUCCUUGUUCCGCAAGAUCACCAAGCAGUCGAACCUGCUGCACACCAGCCGCAGCUUGUCGUCGCUGAAUCGUUCUCUGUCCUCCAGCGACAGCCUGCCCGGCUCGCCCACCCAUGGCUUGGGUGCCCGGUCGCCCACCCAGAGCCUGCGCUCCACCCCGGACUCUGCCUACCUAGGUAGGGAGCCUAGGACGGCGGGAAGCAGCGGAGGGCUGUCCGCUCCGGCGGGUGCUUCUUCGCAGAGCAGCUCCCCCGCCUCCAGCACCCCCAACUCACCGGCCACCUCGUCCCACCACAUGCGCCCCAGCACUCUGCACGGCCUGUCCCCGAAGCUGCACCGCCAGUAUCGCUCCGCCCGCUGCAAGUCGGCUGGGAACAUACCCCUCUCCCCGCUGGCCCACACGCCCUCCCCCACACAGUCCUCGCCGCCACCCCUGCCCGGCCACACCGUGGGCAGCUCCAACACGACCCAGAGCUUCCCGGCCAAGCUGCACUCCUCUCCCCCCGUGGUGCGGCCCCGGCCGAAGAGCGCCGAGCCCCCUCGCUCGCCCCUCCUGAAGCGGGUGCAGUCGGCAGAAAAGCUGGGCUCCCCGCUCGGCUCCGAGAAGAAAGUGGUGGUGAGGAAGCACAGCCUGGAGGUGGUGCACUCGGAAUACCGCAAGGACUUCUACGGCGAGCCCGGCCUCCACAGCCUGGCCGAGUCGGACGGGGAGAGCCCCAGCGAGUCCGGCGCUCCAAAGCCGCUGGCCACCAGGCGCCUCGGCCGGCAGGAAUCCCCGCUGAGUUUCGGAGCUGCCGACGGGGAGGCCCCCACAGAAACCGGCGCCAAGGCCAGGGGGCCAGAAUCUGUUCUCGGAGACUGCAGGCGAAGCCAAGCCGUGCAAACGGAGGAGGCGUUUGCCGGAGCGAAUCGGGCCCUGGCUAAAGCCCUGAGCCCCGUGCAGGAGCAUGAGCAAGGCAGGAAGGGCAGUGCCGAGGCAGAGGUGGCCCCGCGGGGGCCGGUCCCCAUCGUGCUGGAGCCCAAGAAGAGCCAAGAGCACAGCCUGCCGGGCAAGCCGCCUCCGGAGCCCUCCCAAGACAAGGCCGGGUCGCCCAAGGAGAAGUGGAUCUUGGAGGUGGUGGAGGAGCACACCACGCUGGGGACCUGCGCCAAAACCCCCAGUUGCCUGUGCCCGGAGGGGACCAAGAACGGACUGAAGCGAGCCUCGUCGGAGGCGAAGGCCAAGCGGGGCAAAGAAGAGGUGCCUGUGUUGGGGUCGGGGGGCAAGUGCGCAGGAGACACCCCCCGGCCCUCGCCUCCUACACUGGAAAAAAAGGGGGCGGCGCACUGA